UACUGGGAACUAGUAACUACUAAAACAUGCGUUUUUGGGUUAUCGAUCAUGCAUAAAGCUGUUAUCGGCGAACGCUUGCGUAUGUUGCUGUUUUCGAUUAUUUCGUCUACACACUCUAAUGGCUUCCCUAAGCCCCACCUACUUCUACCACGUGGGCACUUAUAAUGGCCGUUACCAGGGCAAUUCGUGUCAUUUUUGACAUAAAAUUGACACACCUCUACAUGCACAAUUUUAUAUUCGUGUGUUAUUUCAGUGCACCAAAUCAGAAGCAAAAAGGCAGUCAAACAGAAAGAGAUCGUCUCAUUCGCCUUGACUCAGAAAGUGGCAAGAUGUCGACCGCUUUGGUCUCUGCUUUCUAUGAUAUAACCGAUGUCGUGUGUAAGAAUAACAGAAACAUGACGGUCAGCAACGCGUUCGAAUACAGACAAAAAAGCGAAAGACGCAUGAUAAAUGUUCCUUCAUUACCUCGGAGGCACUCCACUAACUCCAGCACAGUAGCAAGACAGUCUCCGAAUCUAAUAACUCUCUCGGGAAUAACAAACAAACCCCGCGAAAGAUCACUUAGUCUGACCACCACAACCUCGCUACAGACGGAGGACGAUCGAAGACGGGGAAGUCAAAACUCCAGUCGCUACAAAACUGAACUUUGCCGUCCGUUCGAGGAGAGUGGAACUUGUAAAUACGGCGAUAAAUGUCAGUUCGCACACGGAUACCAUGAGCUUCGCCAACUUGCACGCCAUCCCAAGUAUAAGACUGAGCUCUGCCGUACUUUCCAUACGAUCGGAUUCUGUCCUUACGGUCCGAGAUGUCACUUUAUUCACAACGCAGACGAGAAGCGAGCCCCUCCUCCCAACAGCUCUCGCCUUUCUCCUCCAUUGUCGCCUCUGAAUGGGCCACCGUCUCCUCCUCUGACAGAACCUUCCUCGCCGUUGCCUACAUCGCUAACCCCGCCAUCACCUCUGCAGUUCUACGACGAGAGUCCCCUUUCCAGUCCGAUCGACAGUCCGCUUCCCGUGAUCAAUCCAAACUCACCUUCUGUAAACAACGUGUUCACAUUUCCAACUAAAGCUCAAGAGUACACUCCGGUUAUUUCUCCAUCUGCAGUGAGCUCUCCGCGAUCAUUUUCCCCGGCCGUUACACUCGAGACAGUAGACGAACGAGAAGACCUACCUCCGACUCCCCCCGAUGUGGAUGCGUUCGGCCGAAGACGUCUUCCCGUCUUUAACAGUCUUGGCUACAAGUGAGCUUAACAUGGGUAUAUUUAACGACGUCCAUCGAUUUAUUAGGUGGACUAUACAUGAUUUAUAUGCUCAAAGACUAUGGGACUUUAUUGGAAAACCAAACAAUCGAAGCCUCGGACUGGAAAACCCAGACGAGGAUCAAUAACUAGGAAUAUAUAAUGACUUAUAUUUUUAUGAUCAGCUUGUAACAGAAAUAUAUUCGUUUGAUAGAAAAUAUCUUAGUUAUUUAUCGAAAAAAAGCAAGAGUUAAUUACUCUGGAAACUUAGUGUUAAACACUACUUUUUCAGCUCGAGUUUUAUAUGCUUUUCUAUAUUUGUGUAAUUGCGAGUGAAGUGUACAUUGUAAAACGGUGAUAAUGGGAGCUAAGAGAAUCAAGGCCAAUUUUUAGUGCUGCCCUUUCUCCUACCGACUAUUUAAUAUAUUAUUUAUUGUAACUUAUAAUAUCAUUAUAUCUGAAUAAGGUCUAUUUUGUUAUGACUUCCUUUCAAUGAUGAAAAUUCCCAAUAUUUGUUACGGUUACACGGCUUAGAAAAUAAUUCCAUAAUAUAUGUAUUUACCGCGAACGCUCAGAAUUCACUUUGUUAAUUUAUCUAUCAUUACCAGUAGCUUUUUGGCUAUGUUGUGUACAUAUGUUAUUCAUCGUCACAUGAUCUUAGCGUCCACAAGCUUUAAUAAUUUUAUAAAAAGAAGACUGUAGAGCAGUUGAUUAAAUAAUUUAUUGAAUAAAAGGGUACGAUUUGUAA